GCAGCGUUGCUAGUGCUGGACAAACCGACCGCCCCGCCGUCCCCGCACACCGAGAACCGCUGACCUUUGUUCGAUUGUCAUAAAAGAUUAGGCGAAAACGGAAUAACGUUAUCACAGAUCAGACGAGAUUAAUCGCGCCAUUUCGUCUGCAUUCAAACCCUCAGUUAACGGACAUUCGUCUGGUGGAUUGCAGCGGUAGUGAGAGACAGAGAGAGAUAGAGAGAGAAAACGCGAAACCGGUUGCCGCAUGUGGACGGAGCUGAGUUUUUGGGGCAGCGCAGGUGUUUGAUUGAUUUUCACCGCAAUUUGCCACGCUAACACAGCCAAAACAGCAAGAGCCUCCGUGAAAAUGCAAGAGGCCUACGUGAACAUCAACUCCAUACCCACCCAUAUACUCACGUGGGGCAGGUGGAUCGAGGAGACGGUCACCGAGAAGGAGCUCGUCAUUUGUAUAACAGGCAACCCGGGGCUCCCGGGCUUCUACACGGAGUUUGCCAGCACCCUGCAGAAGCAAUUGGGUGACCUCCCGGUGUGGGUGAUUGGACACGCGGGCCAUGACGAUCCGCCAGAGGCGAGCAUCCGCGAGGUACCCCAGCUGACAGGCAACGAGGAGAUCUUCAAUCUCGACGGACAGAUCAAACACAAGUUGGCGUUCAUCAAGAAGUACGUGCCCAAAGAUGUGAAGAUCCAUCUAAUCGGACAUUCGAUUGGCGCGUGGAUGAUUCUCCAGAUGCUGGAGGACGAGAGCGUGCGGAGCCGUGUCCAAAAGUGCUACAUGCUCUUCCCCACAGUCGAGCGGAUGAUCGAGUCGCCCAACGGCUGGGUCUUCACCAAGCUCGCCAUGCCCCUGUACUCGGUGUUUGGCUACGUCUUCUUCAAAUUCUUCAAUGCCCUGCCCGUCUGGCUGCGCCUCUUCCUCAUCCAGAUCUACUUUCUCAUCUUCUCCAUACCGCGCUCGUUCCUCGACACCGCCCUCCAGUACUCGAAACCCUCGGUGGCCGAGAAGGUGGUGUUCCUCGCCGAUGAUGAGAUGUGCCGUGUGCGCGGCCUCCAGAAGGAGAUUAUCGAAAGGAAUCUCCAUUUGCUGAAGUUCUAUUACGGCACCACGGAUGGCUGGGUGCCCGUCUCCUACUACGAGCAGCUUAAGAAAGACUAUCCCCAGGUGGACGCCACGCUGGAUGGCCAAAAAAUUGACCAUGCCUUUGUCCUGCGUCACUCGCAGCCGGUGGCAGCGAUUGUCCGGGAAAUGAUCCAGCAGAACCUCAGAAACUGAUGUGCAAUCGAAGCCCCAGGAUCUCUAGUGGGAAUCCUCCUCCACUGGCUUUUUUGUGGCGGCAAAUUCUUUUUAUUAUAAUCUUUGCAACUCUCAAAGGAAACACUAAAUAUAGUCGAAAAUAUCUUAUAAA